AUGACUGUCAAUAAGAUGUCCCGUUUGGACUUGGUCAUAUUUGGGGCGACGGGUUUCACGGGCAAACAUGCUGUUAUGGAAAUGACUCGUCAGGUAAAAAAAUACCCAAUGUCUUGGGGCAUCGCUGGACGCUCGCAGAGCAAACUUGAAGAUGUAUUAAAGGAGACCGCUAAGAAAACAGGCGAGGAUGUGUCCGCGGUGAAAUUAAUAGUAGCUGAUGUAUCUGAUGAGAAUUCACUAAAGGAGAUGUGCUCUCAAGCGAAGGUAGUGGUGAACUGUUGUGGUCCAUACCGACACUAUGGUGAACCGGUCGUCCGGGCUGCUGUCGAGUCGAAGACACACUAUGUUGAUGUCUCUGGGGAACCACAGUUCAUAGAAACAAUGCAACUCAAAUACAACGAUCAGGCGCGUGACGCAGGCGUUUAUAUUAUCAGCGCGUGCGGUUUCGACAGUAUUCCAACUGAUUUAGGGGUGAUUUUCCUCGAGCAAAACUUUGGAGGCACUGUAAACUCUGUAGAGUCAUAUCUAGGAUCAACGACUAAUCAGGUUUCUUUAAGCAGUGGAGUUAUAAACUACGGAACUUGGGAAUCUCUCGUUUAUGGAAUAACGCACCUAAACGAAUUACCAGACCUCAGGAAGAAAAUUUAUCCUGAGAAGUUGCCAGAAUUUAAACCAAAACUUAAAGCUAGAUCAGUGAUUCACCAGCGUCUUGGUGGGUGGUGUCUGCCGUUCCCCGGUUCUGACGCGUCUAUUGUCUAUCGCACUCAGCGCACUCUAUAUGAGCAGGAGAACAAGAGACCCGUUCAAAUCAAGACUUACGUCAAAUUCCCAGGGUUCUUGAACGCACUGGCUGUCGCUUUCUCCGCAGUUUUGCUCUUCGUGCUGACCAGAUUCGAUUUCACCCGAAACCUCCUCUUAAAGUACCCAUCAUUCUUCUCCUUUGGUGCGAUCACGCGAUCUGGGCCGAGUGAAGAGGUGAUGAACGGCACUGUUUUCUCAUUUCUUCUGCUUGGGGUGGGAUGGCCUGAAGGAGCAGACCUCAAUACUCCACCAACCAAGAAACUAACUGUGAAGGUAUCCGGUGUGAACCCUGGCUACGGUGCCACUGUUGUAGCUGUCCUCUUCUCAGCUAUCACUAUUCUGAAGGAAAAGGAAAAGAUGCCGCCACAGGGUGGAGUCCUGACCACCGGAGUGGCUUUCAGAAAUACUGAAAUCAUCAAGAACUUACAUGAAAACAACCUCAAAUUCCAAGUGGUCGAAGAGGAAACGAAAUAA